CAGUUCUCAUCUUGCAGUGGAAAACAACAGCUCUUAAAGUUUGAAACACAAAUCAAUAUGGAUUUAAAGAAAAGCAUGAGUUGCGUGACAUGAUGUAAUUUGAAUGGAAGGCCAAACAGAGAUCAGACUGAUCGAGAAAUUAAGCAGAGUUGAGCCACACUACGAGUUUUCAAACUGGGAGCUAGGCAACAGCAGCAGCAGCAGCAAUUAUUCUCCUUCACAAAGUGUGGAAUCCUUUCCGAGCACCCUCACCUUGGCCCAUUUUAGCAGUCUGGUGUACCGCCCGAAGAAAGAAGAAAUCAUCGAGUACCUGUCUGAACACAACCUGAGCGAGUGGAAGUUGCUGGCAGCGUGCAACGGACGCUACGCCUACCGCGGGGUGGCCCUGCUCAAUUUCAAUAUGAAGCAAAUCGUUCUGGUGCACCGCGGCACGGUGAAAACGUCGUUUGGCAAUCUUAUCUCCGACUAUCGCAUCCUCUUCCAGGGCAACACGGGCUACCAGCUGCAGGAGGCGUGCACUUUUGCCGACGCCGUGCGUGCCUUGGCCGUUCAGGGUGGCUACCAGCUGGUCAUAACUGGCCACUCGAUGGGCGGCGUCUUGGCCCAGGUGACCGCGGCCUCGGUAAAAUUCCUCAGACUGGACGGAGACGUUUUCGUGCCGAGGCGCGAGGAGGAUUUCGACGAAACGCAUCCGCACGUCGAGACGUUCGAGUCUCCGGGCAGUUUCGACGUCAUCCGCACCAUGCUGAAGACGAAUCCUCUGCAUGUCGGGAUGGAGAGGGCCGUCACCUAUUUGGACGUGACCAAUUUCGUGAUGGGCCCGAACAUCGUGAACACCAUCGCGAUUCACUUCGGCACGCUGAUCUGCGUGGACAAGGCUCUGAAGGGAAUGGGCAAGCAGCGGACGCUGGUCAUCAAAGGCGUGGACAAGCACCCGAUCGCGGUGUUCAUCAAGCUGUUCGAGAGCAAGCAGGAGGUGUCUCUGAGAAUCUUCAACUGGGCCCACACCUCGAGCACCCUGGGCCUGAUGCGCAAGGUGGCUGGGGGAUUGUGGAAGUUCGACGCCUCCCGCACGACCGCCUUCGCCGAUUUCAGCUUCAGGAUGUGGCCCGAUUACUGCUUCACGCAAAAGGAAAUGAGUUUCCUGCAGCUUGUUAAUUUUGCAGCUAAACUUGGGGUUUCUAUCUUGGCCGAGGAGGCGAUUCCGAGAUUCCACAUUCACGGCACGCAUUUCAAAAUGAUCAAAUUCCCGUCUGAAAUAAGUGCCGAGGAGAGAGACGCGUUCGUGAUGAAAAUUAGAAGAUUGGCCCAAAGAGAAAAAAAUCAGGAUUUUCUGGAGAAUCAAAUCGAGGCAAUUUCGCGUAUUUCUUUUUCCCUGUUGAAAGAGCUCGGGGCCCAAUUUUCUUGUCCAAUACUGAGCGACCUUUAUCUCAACUCUUUGAGCCUCGUGAAGAAAUCGUGGGGCAAACUGAAGGAAAUUAUUAAUUUGCAAAACGGAUCGGAUUUUGAUAAGAAACUGUUGGCAUUUUUGAUCCGCAACACUUGGAUGAAUAAAAGGCCGAAUUCGAUGGGGAUCGUGUUUCCGGACAGAGCCACAUUCGAGAGGAUGUUUGUGAACAGUGAGCAUUUUAAAAAUAGCUGCUUGCUCUCUUAUCUGCUUUUGAUUGUGGUCGUGAAGAGCAACGAGGAAAAAGUUACUCCUGCCUCCAGUUUGCUUACGGAGAAGUUUGAAAAACGAUUAAAAUUCGUUUUCAUUCAAACCAGCCCUGAAGAUAGUUUAGACGAGGAAGACACAGACAAGGAAGAUUUUAACUUUCGAGAUUUAAGCGAGCACAGCAAAAACGAACUCCAGAACUUCUGCGUCGGCCUGCAAAAGGAAAAAUACAAAGUCAGGUUGACAGAAUUCUCGAAUUUCUUGAGCAACGUAAAUUUAUUCAAACUGGGCCAGAAGCUGGAAACAGGCACCUUCCUGCCUCAAACCUGGGAAAGUUCUACCCUGGCGAAUAAUUUCUACAUCCACGCACCGCCAGUCAACAAAGCGGGAACAAUUUUUGACAUGUCGCUCAACAUUCGGACGACCAUUCUGCGCAUAAUCGCAGCGAAUCCUGGCAUGGGGAAAACCGCCUGCCUUUCAAACUUCCGGCACCAAAUAAAAAACUUCCAAACAGACAUUUUCGUCUUCAUGAUCAGUUUGCGGAAACUAAACCGCCUGCUUGAUGACAGCAGCAAAAUCGCCGGGAGGGAAAUCGAAAUAAUCAAGUCUUACCACGAAAUGGACGAGUUUGACGCGCAACUGCUCGAUUUCGCAAUGGCCACGUAUUGGCGGGUGAUUUUCCUUUUUGACGGCUUCGACGAGGUCAGCCCGAACUCGAGAAGAAACUGUCAAAUGAUGAUACAAUAUUUCGUCAGGCACAUAGCGGUGAUGCAAGUUUGGCUGACCUCCAGAAAAGAGGCCCUGCGUCAAAUCGAAAAUUCUGGCAUUUUGCUCAACUACGAACUCUACGAUCUCGGCUUGUUCACCAGAGAGCAGCAAAAACUGUACCUUGAACAGUUACUGGCGGCCAAAAGGGAAGAAAUUUCUCAGGAAAUCACGAGAAAGUACAUGUCCAGACUGGAUCUGGUGUCGAGCAACUUCGGCGCCGACACCCUUGGCGUGCCGCUCACCCUGCGUCUUUUAGUCGAAAUGGGCGCCCACAACACUGAGGCAAAACUCUUUAAGCCGUACCAGCUGAUAGACAAGUUCCUAGACAUGAAAUUCGCCAUUUACUACUUCGAAAAGGUCGGCGUCGACUGCAGGACCGUUUCAAACUCGGACAUAACCGAAAUGAGGCUAAGUUACAAUUUCAACUUGCUCACUUUCUACGCUCUGCGCCAGGUAUACGCCGGAACUGAUUCUUUUUGCAAGUCUAUCCAAGAGCUGGAGUCGCGGAUCGAAGACGCACAUGAAUUAACCAGGAUUAAAAAUCUCGGCCUGCUGGACGGAAAUAAUGAGUUUUUCCACCGCACAAUGGCUGAAUUCCUGAUCGCUAACUCGGUCAAAAUCGCUUUAGGCUUUCACAACCACGAGUGGCAGAGUUCGCAUUUGCUAAAGUGGCUUGCAAACGGUUUGAAAAAAAUUCCAGGAGAUUUGAACCCUUUCCAUGCGUAUUUAAUUAAAUUGCUUUUAGCAAAAAUGUCGCCAAGCACGUGGUGCUAUUUAAAUGACAUGAUUCAGACCGAGUCAAAGAAAACGGAAAAUAGUCUUCUGAAUUUUUUGGAAAAUAACCAAACUGCCAGAAUUGAAAUACAAAAUCGCAUUAUGGAGCAUAAUUUGAACGAUCUGUUCGAUUUUCUAGCAGAAAAGAAAUCAGUUUUCCGCACCACCAGACACAGCAUCAGCCACAGGCCGUUUGUCCACAUCGAGGUGCCGAUUUUAAUCGAGUCCAUCGCGCAAAACAGGCUGAAAUUUACUAAUUACCUUCUAAGAAAGCGAAAAUACUUGCAAGAAGCAUGUGACUUUUGCACCGAGCACGAUAGAUAUUUUGUUUUUCACGACAUAGCAAAGUACAAUUUAACGAACGCAUUUUCCGCGUUUUGGCAAAGGUUGCCAAACAAAAACGCAAUCGACUCCUCUGAGUUUUCGAACAUCUGCAUGUCGCCUGCCGACGGCGACCAAGAUUACAUCUACUCGCUUGAAAUCGCCGACAACCGAAACAUUUUAGGCCGAAUGUACCAUUUCACGCCCCUGCACAUCGCCGUCCUCCUCCGCCACGAGAAAAUGGUCUCAAUGCUGUUGGACGCCGGAGCGAGUGUGCACCCGACGAGCAUCAAAGUGUCUCCACUUCUGGCUUUUAUCAGUGCCUUUUUCGAGUCGGCCGGCGCUCUAAAAGAGGGGAAGGUAGGAAUCCUGGAAGACGGAGAGCGGCGGAUUCUGAAAACGCUGCUGGACCAUGGCGCAAUGCCGACCAUUAAGAAUUCGGAGGCGCGGAAAAGGGAGUUCAUCAGGAAAUUAGACGAGAUGCAGUUUGGAGCCGUUUUCUUGGAGCUCAUCAAAGAGGAUAAUUAUCAAGAGGUUGGAUGGGGUGAAUAUUUUUCCUACUUCCUGAGCGAGAGCCAAGCAAUGAAACAAGUAAACUCACACUGCAAAUUCCUCUCGACGACCCUUCCCGCGGCGAUCCGUAGGGUGCACCAGGAAGACUGCGAGGACACCUCGUGCGUGCUGCGUUCGUCGGACAAAAUGCCCAUCCGAGAAGUGGUCCGCAGAGCCGUGGAGAAUGGGCACGAAAGUUGCACGGAGCUCUUCCUGCGGAACAACUCGCACGACCUUUUCUUCGUGGACGAGCAGCUGAAUUUGCUCAGCAUCGCGUUGGAAAAAGGCCACACUCACAUCUUCAAGACGAUCCUGUCAACAAAUCCGGAGCUUCUGCACGCGAGCAACAAGUACGGAUAUAAACCGGUGCACCUGGCGGCCAAAUUCCUCAACAAAGAGGCGGUGGUCUUCCUGGCGGACAGCAUGCAGCAGGACCUGGGCGAGCGGACCACCUACGGCCGCAGCGUGGUGCACAUCGCCGUGGCCGCAGCUUGCAAGAGCGAGAAAAGGGACAUCCUGGAGCUGCUCAACCUGCUGCUGGUUGAGAGGGAGAUGGACGCGAGCAGCCGCGACUUCUUCGGCAAGACGCCCCUCCACUUUGCCUGCAAGUUCUCGCCCAAAUUCAGCGUCAUCGAGAUGCUGAUCAGGGCGGGCAGCGACGUCAACGCGCGCUGUUUGGCCGGCAACACGCCCCUGCACAUCCUAGCCGACGAGGGCCCUGAUAAAUAUCUGCACAUCUACUGCGCCGCCCUGCUGAAAAGGCACGGCGCCUCGGUAGAGCUGAGAAACGACCUGCUCGACACGCCAAUCGACAUCGCCAGGAGGGGACAUAAAGUUGGCAUCUGCGACGUCUUGAAGAUGAGCAACGAGCAGUUGGAUGCUGCAUCAGUGUGUGGGUUUCAAGAGCAGCCUGAGAGGAAGAUUAAUCGGCUCUACCAUUGGACAAGAGCCAAGAUUUCCAAAAAAGUCCAGUCCAUGUCCUGAAUUUUUUCCCUUUUAAAAAUUAUUGCUUUUUAAUUAACCAAAAACAUCCCGUUUCAUUGUAGAAAUGGCAAGAUAAAAAUAAAAAACUUCAGCCUGAUUUUAUGUAA